AUGGGCGCCUGGCAAGCACCCCCCUUGACCGUCUCUCAGUCCGCAGGUGCCCUUGCCCAGGAGCUUGCAGCCGCCCUGCCUGCCCUGCUUCUGUAUUUGUGCGCGACGCCGCGCCGCAGCUGGAUCCGUGGCUUGGGGCCAAGAACCUCGCCCGAGAGAAGAAGCAACAAAACAAAGGAGCGAGUGCGCAGAUCCGAGUCGUGGGCGCCGCCACCGGGAAAACGGCCGAGUGCCGUCCAAGCCACAGCUGGAAUCAAAUCAGCCCUCACCCAUGUCAUCACGAUGCGAUGAUGUCGUGUGUGGAAUCCAAGGUGCCAGGAUACGGGCCUGCCGAGGGAAAUUGCUCGGGGCCGUCCCCGGAGUCGUCGCUUCCUGGCAUGGGCCUGCACGCAAUUGCUGCACGGGCAUUUUCGGCGGCCUGGCCUUGGCUGCCUGGACUCGGCCCACAAAGAUCUGAUUGAUGCGAGCAGCCCCUCCAACAAAGCCCUGCUUAGCAUUAGCCAACGAGAGAGAAUUCAAUUGAAUCUAUCGAAAUCCCGCUGAGCUCAGCAGCACUGGACGCCCCCAAACCCCUGACAGGCGCAUCGGUGCAAGUGCUGACAAUACAUCGCGUACCUACAUGGCCAAAAUGCAAACCUAGCUCGUUCUGUUUCUGCCUGCGAACCAACCGCCACAACCAACAAAAACUGACCAAUAUCGCCGGCCCCCUAGCCCGUACCAGAAGGCCAAUUACGCUGCGCCGCCCAAGGAGGGUCAAGCCCGACCAACAUCACUGACCCUGACUCUCCAGCAGCAGUGCCCCGGCAAGAGAUCAAGACUCCCACAGACACGCGUGGGCUUGAUUGGCUGCCCUAGCGCCGGGAACAGAUGCCAAAUACCUCACGUCCGUUGGGAGAUGAAGAACACCUUCCCGGCCAGUCGUCAACGAGCUAAACCCAAAAAAAAAAAAAAAAAAAUAAAGGGUCGAGUCACAUUUAGUUGGUAUCUCUGUUGCGGGACUGCUCGCGCUGAGCCGCCUGCUCGCGCUCCUCCCGAUCAGCUAUCAACGCGGCGAUGGCCUGCUGUCGCUGCCGCUGCCCGUCCGUCAUGGAGGCCGGGACGUAGCAGCACGUGUACCAGCCGGGAUAACUGUAGGGGGGCUGCUGCGGAGGCUGUUGCGGUGAGCCCUGUUGCUCUACCGAGUCGCCGCUUCCCGAGGGCUCGGCUGGCUGCACAGGGUUUCCGCCGGACUGUUCCUGGCCGCUCGCCGGAUCGAUGUUCUGGGCGCUCAUUUCAGAAUAAGGCUGUAAACAAGGCUAUAUCUUAUAAUUCUCGUU